AUGAAGCUCCUCAUCGUUGGGGCAAGCGGAAUGAUUGGAGCUGAGGUGCUCAAGCAUUGCCUAGCACACUCGGAGGUAUCAAAGGUCGUUGCGUUCGUGCGUCGAGAACUCCCAGGCGAAGCAACUCGAGACCAGAAGCUAGAGGUUAUUGUGCUAGACGAUUUUGCAGCGUGGCCUCAGCACAUACUCCGGGAACACGCUGACGCUGCUGGAAUGAUAUGGAACAUGGGAUCAUACAACGCCGACCGCAGCGCCGACUUGGACUAUCCUUUGGCGUUCGUGGAGAGCAUGGGACGCGUGCUACAGAGUAUGACAGCACGUCCUCCAUUCAGAUACGUCCAGCUGAGCGGGAAAUGGGCACGCUCGGAUCAAGGACAGAGGCUGUGGUGGGGCGAAGAUGCCAGAAAGCUCAAGGGUUUGGCCGAUGCCAAGGUACUCGAAUAUGCAACGAACCAACCCGAUAUUUGGAAGAGCUUCGUUGUCAAGCCGGGUCCGGUCGGCGGAGGUCCGCGCCUUACCCCCGACGUUCCACGGAGCUGGGGGACUGACAUGAUAGCCUCCCUCUUGGGUGUCCGGAUCGACGAAUUGGCCGCCUUCAUGACGUUUCUCGCCGUCGAUGGCAGAGGGGAAGACGUCGUCGCUGAGAACGGGCAUAUAGCUAGCAGAGGGAGGGAGUUAUUGAAACAGCAGGGGGAGCAUUGA